AUGGCUCUGAACACUGAUUCUGACUUAUCAACUACUGCCCCAAGAGUAGAGGAGGAAGAAGUCCAGCAGCAGACAGAACAAGCAGCAUAUCAACAAAACAAUGAGGUGUCUGUUAACACCCCCAUUUCCUCUCAGCCAGUGAAGACAGAGAAUCAGGAUCCACCUCUCGAGUCUAGUUCACCCAAAAACCCAGGUCACCCAAAUGGCCUGUCCAAAGAUGAACUGAUGGUCAUCAGUGAGAAGAUGGAAACAAGUAAUGGAGUCUGUCCUACAGCUGUGGACUCCCCUCCAACCUCUUCCCUUUUAUCUUCACCUUCUCAGCACCAUACUAAGUCCGGCCAUCCUCAUGCUAAUGGGCAUGCCAGGCUGAACAGUCGAUCUAGUUCAAUGAGCCAUGGUGGGUCACCCCGGCCCUCACUUAGCCGUCAACCCAGUGCUGCCACUGAGCUUGCUGGAGAUGGUGCUAAGCCGAACGACUACCUUAUCCUGGCCAUACUCGCCUGCAUCUGCCCUCUUUGGCCUAUUAACAUUGUUGGCCUGACCUUCUCUGUUAUGUCUCGGUACAGUCUGCAGCAGGGGAAUGUGGAUGGAGCGCGGCGUCUUGGGCGCAAUGCUAAAAUUAUUUCUAUAAUCUCUCUCGUGGGUGGAAUUGCCAUCAUUACUGCUGCCCUUGUCAUCAACUGGGGAUUGAUACUAAAGUCCUGAGGGUUGCCAUGACAAUAAGGUCCAAGGAGGAAUUACUUUCCAACCAAUGGUUCCCUUACCAUCCUGCAUUUUUACAUAUUUCUGUGGAAAAAACUUAUUUUUAGUUCCUUAGUUCCAUAUCUUGAAACACAGUGUCAACCUUUCCAGCACUUUGAAUGCCGGUAUAAUGACCGAAGCCAGCAGAAUUGCAAUGUGCAUGUUAGCUUUUUGUGAGAAAAAAAAAGAUAAAUAUUUUUAGAUAUAAGCA